UUGUAGUCAAAGCUCAGAAGUAUUGGGAGGAAUUAUAUAUAAUUAUCAACAAAUAUAUUCUUUUUCUCUUCUUCUUCCUCAGUUUUGCUACUUUAUCCAACCUAAGAGCUGAGAAGGGGCCAGAGUUUGGUUUCCAUGGCAAAUUCUAAGCUGCAAGCAUUUUGGAACCACCCAGCCGGCCCGAAAACUAUCCAUUUUUGGGCCCCAACUUUUAAAUGGGGUUUAACCAUUGCAAAUAUCCUUGACUCUUCAAAACCACCUGAGGAACUAUCCUAUCCUCAGCAAUCAGUCCUCGCAUGCAGUGGACUUAUAUGGGCAAGAUACGGCACAGUAAUUACACCAAAGAACUGGAAUCUUGCCAGUGUCAAUUUUGGGAUGUCUCUAACUGCCCUGUUUCAACUGUCACGAAAAAUUCAGCAUGACUUAUCUGCCAAAACCCGAGAAGCUGAUGCAGAAGAAGAAUGAAGACAAUCUCACUUCAAUUUAUUGUAUAUUAACUUGGCAUGCUGGUUUAUAAAUAUCUCUGUACGGCACCUCUAAACCGCCCCCUUACUAGCCAUUGAAAGAGUCUAAAUUGAUCGUCAAAAUUCUUUUACUAUUUUUUUUUUGGUCGAGAUUCUUUUACUAUUUGAUGUCAUAAAAAUUGAGCUGAUAUAUAGGACAACGUAAUUCUCAGAA